AUGUUAUUGAAGGGGAUGGUUCAAGAUGACGUUGAUGGCUCAGUUCAAAAUGGUGAUGCUAUCAUUGGUAUUAAUGAAGAUGAGCAAUCAGUUGAUGCUAUUAAAAAGAAUAAUAUUCGCCAAGAUUCUACCAUCGAUUUAUUUGCUAAUAUUGAUAAGUCAAAAUUAGACAAUGAUGUUCAUUUAAUAUCGUUAGAUGAAUUAUAUGAACGUUUUCAUACAGAUCCAAUCCAAGGUUUAACAAGUGAACAAGUCGAACAUGCACAACAACAAUAUGGUAAAAAUAAAAUUACAGCGCCACCAAAACCGGGCUAUGUCAUGUUAUUUAUUAAACAAGCAUUUGCCGGUUUUAAUUUGAUUCUAUGGGUGGGUGGAAUACUGGCCUUUUUAGCAUGGAAACCCAUUGGAGAACCAAAUCCAAAUAUUGCCAAUUUGGCUCUGGGUGUCGUAUUAUUUGCUUCAUUUUCAAAAUUAUUACCGACAUUGGCUACAGUAAGACGAAAUGGGGAUGAACAACAAAUUGUUGCUGAUCAAUUAGUACCAGGUGAUAUUGUUCUCAUUCGACUUGGUGAUAAAAUACCCGCCGACUGUCGGUUAUUAUUAUGUGAUGGUCUGAAAGUGAAUAAUUCCGAUUUAACGGGUGAAUCGAAACCAGUUAGUUGUACAGUGCAAUGUACCGAUGUUAAUUUCAUGGAAUCAACAAAUAUUCUUUAUUAUUCAUCGAUGAUUGUUCAAGGGACGGGUGAAGCGUGCGUCAUUUCUAUAGGCGAUAAAACAGUUUUAGGAAAAAUGAAUGCAUUGACAAGAGAUAGUGGACAUGAUGAAAUUACUGGACUACACCGUGAAGUCAAUCGUUUUGUAUUAUUUGUUUGUGCUUCAACAUGCGUAGCCAUUAUUAUAUUAUGGAUAACAUGGGGAUCGUGGUUAAAUAAAGAUCAUAAAGGCUUUCUAUCCGUAUCAGAUAAUAUUAUCAAUAGUAUUGGAAUGAUUGUUGGAUUUUUACCUGUAGGAUUACCGUCAGCUGUCACACUUGUGUUGACAAUCGUCGCAAAACGAAUGUAUAAUCAGCGAGUUCUUGUUAAAAGUUUACAAAUUGUUGAAACGUUCAAUGCUGUUUCCGUGAUUGCCACAGAUAAGACAGGAACAUUAACACAGAAUAAAAUGACUGUCUCUGAAAUAUUGUGGGAUACACAGAAUGUUUACAAAGUACCAGUACCUGAAUAUAUACCGGCCCAAGAUGAAACGAUCAUUGAUACAGUUCGUCGUUUAUCAGUUGGUGCGUACAAUACAGCUCGUCGUUUAUCAAUGGGUGCGGCCAGUGUGGUUAAACGUCUGUCAUCUGGCAAUUUGACUCAAGUCACACAACACGAAACAAAUCCAGAUAUUGCAUUGCCAAGUCUUGCCAGCGAAGUGAAUGUGCAAGCAUUUCGAGAUUUACUAUUAGGAGCAGCUUUGUGUAAUAAUGCCGAAAAACAAUUUGUACAAGAAGCUGAAUUAGGUGGAGACAUAGGAAACAUGAAAUCAGAAUUAAAAUUAGUAGGUGAUGCUGCUGAUACGGCACUAUACAAUUUGUGUGUUGAUCGCUGUUUCAUUGAUGUGGAUAAAGUGCGAAAGGUAAAUCCAAGAUUAAAAGCAUUACCAUUUAAUUCGGCAAAUAAAUUUAUGAUUACCGGAAAUCUAUUAGAAUCUCUCGAAUUGCCACCGUCAGAAGAUGAUGGACGAGAUGUGUUAAUUACACUUAAAGGUGCACCCGAUAUGGUCUUAAACCGUUGUUCAACAUACAAAACAAAUGAUAAUAUUGUACUUAAUUUAUCACAAGACAUCAAACAGCGAUUAGUGGAAAGACAAGAGGAAUUAGGCAAGCUACACUUCAGUAAAAAUGGCUAUCGUGUAAUUGCCAUGUGUCAACAAAAAAUGAAAAAGAAAGGAUAUGAUUACCUGAUGUCACAAUAUAAACAGCAAGAAAAAGAGCGUAAAGAAGAUCAAGAAGAUUUGAGCGGUUUUCCAUCGGGUGAAUAUUCUUUCAUUGGCCUCUUCUCGUUACUUGAUCCACCGCGCCCUGAAGUACCCGAUGCUGUUCUGAAAGCCCGCCGAGCUCAAAUUCGUGUAGCCAUGGUUACAGGUGAUCAUCCAACAACGGCACAGUCAAUCGCUAAACAAGUUCACAUUUUGACAACCGAAAUUGCUGAUAUCAACGGUAUCGACACAUUCAAAAGAAGCGAAAAAGAUGGCAAAUUUUUACUGAAUUUGUAUCGAAAUGGUCAAUUGACAGGAACACAUGUGCCGGGUGAGGUUAAAAAAUUAGAUAUAAAAGAGUCGAACACGGCAAAAACAACGUCAGAACAAAUCGAUGACAAACCUAAACCAAAUAUCUGGCGACGUGCAUGGUCCCGAAUUAAAUUACAGUUUUCUGAUCCACAAUCAGAGGUUAAUCGUGACAAACAAGAAUUAAUACCGUAUGCAAUUGUUGUUACGGGUAGUGAAAUACAACUCAUGGACGAUUAUAUGUGGGAUUGGGUGUUAUCGCAUCAGGAACUUGUAUUUGCUCGAACAUCACCAGAGCAAAAAUUAAAAAUUGUUAUGGAAUUUCAACGACGUGGUGAAGUUGUCGCGGUUACCGGCGAUGGAACAAACGAUGCACCCGCGUUAAAACGAGCCGAUCUCGGAGUAGCUAUGCAAGCUGGCACGGACGUUUCUAAAGAAGCUGGUGAUAUGAUCUUGUUAGACAAUAAUUUUGCCUCAAUCAUUAAAGCUAUUGAAACCGGCCGAUUAUUGAGCGAUAAUCUAAAAAAGGUGGCCGUCUAUUUAUUACCAGGAGGUUCUUGGUCUCAGAUUUGGCCUGUAUUUUUCAAUCUUUGGUUUGGAAUGCCUCUUGCAUUAACCGCCUUUUUAGCAACAGUAUUCUGUAUGCUGAAUGACGUUUUUAUGUCGUUAGUAAUGGUAACUGAAAAACCGGAAAAAGACAUUAUGUCACGUCCACCAGCUAAUCGAAAUAAGGAUCAUCUAUUAAAUAUGAAACUACUGUUUCAUGCAUACGCAGUUAUUGGCAAUAUUGAAUGUUUUACAGGUUUCUUUUGUUUCUUCUAUUAUUACAUUGAUAAUGGCAUUCCACUUAAUCAUAUUUUACUUCAAUUUGAAAACUUUACCGCAACAAAUUCUCAUUUUAUCCCAGAUGAACUUAAUACGAUUGUUUAUACGGGCCAAUGUGUUUAUUAUUGUUCCGUGUGUUUAUUGCAAUUUUUUAAUUUUUUUACAUCACGUACACGAUAUACGUCAUUUUUCUCUCAUAAUCCAUUCUAUGGUAAGGGACAAAAUUUAUAUGUCAUCGUUGGAAUAGGAGUCUCAGUGGGUAUACAAGUGAUUGUCACACAAAUUGCAUGGUUUAAUAAAGUUUUUCAAACGGCACCGGUACCCGUGAAAUAUGUAUUGCCAACAUUGGGUUUUGGAACUGCUUGGUUUAUUAUUGAUGAACUGAGAAAAUUGUAUAUCAGAAAAUAUCCCUUAUCAUUUCUAGCAAAAAUAGCUUGGUAA